AUUCCCCUCCGUAGUUUUCACAUUUUUCAAAUUUAAGAACAUUUUCAAAGUUUUUUCGCUCUAAAAUAAUGGAAGUGGACGAUUGCGAUGAUGGGGCAAGAUGGUCAGGAAGAUGGAAUCAUCUACAGAAGAUUCUAGAACGAAAUGGACCUUUCGUUCACCCGGAUUUUGAACCGAGUCCAGACAUUCUUGAUUUCAUGUUAAACUCAUGUAAAGUGUUGGUGGUUGGAGCGGGGGGGUUGGGAUGUGAGUUACUUAAGGAUCUUUCACUGAUGGGGUUGCGUCAUAUUCAUGUCAUUGAUAUGGACACCAUUGAUCUUUCAAACUUAAACCGACAAUUUCUUUUCAGACAAUGUGACAUUGGUAAACCAAAAGCUGAAGUUGCUGCUUCUUUCAUCAACAAGCGUGUGAAAGGAACGAAAUGUGUUCCUCAUUUCUGUCGAAUACAAGACCAUGACUCAUCAUUUUAUAAACAAUUCCAUAUCGUUGUUUGCGGACUCGAUUCAAUUGUUGCGAGAAGAUGGAUCAAUGGAAUGUUGAUAAGUUUACUCGAAUAUGACGAGGAUGGAAACCUCGACCCUAGCUCUCUAAUCCCUCUUGUGGACGGAGGUACGGAAGGUUUUAAAGGCAACGCUCGAGUGAUUUUGCCAGGAAUGAACGCUUGCAUGGAUUGUACGCUUGAUCUCUACCCACCUCAGGUUAACUUCCCGAUGUGUACAAUCGCCCACACACCAAGGCAACCUGAACAUUGUAUUGAAUACGUCAAGAUAUUUCAAUGGGAGAAGGAAAAACCAUUUGGAGACAUAGCAAUAGACGGAGAUGAUCCGGACCAUAUUAAGUGGAUUUGUAAAGCAGCAAGCACAAGAGCUGAUGAAUAUGGGAUACAGGGAGUGAACUACCGCUUAACUCAGGGAGUGAUUAAACGUAUUAUACCAGCGGUGGCGUCGACUAAUGCAGUGAUUGCAGCUGCGUGCGCCAAUGAGGUGUUUAAGCUUGCUACCAGUUGUUCCAUCCCAUUAAACAACUACAUGGUGUUCAACGACACAAAUGGUGUGUACACUUACACAUUCGAGGCAGAGAGAAACGAGCAAUGUUUGGCCUGCAACAACACACCAAGGAACCUAAGUUUCAAACCUGAUGCCUUGCUGAGGGAGGUUGUCGACUUUUUGUGUCAAGACAACUCAUUGCAAAUGAAGAGUCCAGGGUUAACGACAACUAUCGAGGGUUUAAACAAAACUUUGUACAUGAAGAAUAUCCCAUCACUAGAGGCCGCUACACGCCCCAAUCUUUCAAAAUCUUUAAAAGAUCUUGGCAUUGUUGAUGGACAAGAAGUGAUUGUUGCCGACGUUACGACACCAAACUCACUUCGGUUUAAAAUAAAGUUCAAUGAUGAUGUCACUUCCUCUUGAUGAUGUCACAAUGACACUUAUGAUAUCAUAAUAUAUUAAUGCGGAACAAUAGACAUGACAAUGCAGUGUGUGAUGUCACAAUAUCAAUGAGAAUAGUUGAGUGAGGAUAUUUAUCAGCUUUUAUGCUAUUUACAGACAAAAAGCUGUUUUGGUCCUGCUUGUUUGUACAGGCACCUAACAGCAGGACAAAAGCUGUUUUAACCCCAAAACCAAGGUGCUCAGUAGAUAUAAUGUCAUCCUUAAUGAAAAAAACACUCGAGCACCCCUAGUGAUACACCUAUGUAUGCAGUGCAACAAAUUAACUCGGCUUUAGAUUAUCACAAGUUGUCCAUAUACAUUGAGUUCAAAUCUCAACUCUAGCCGUUAAAUGCAAACAAGUAGAAAAUUUUAGCACUUUAAGAUCGAACCUUGUCUCAAGUUCAAAUAAUAUUUACUUUGAAUGAACUCGAUGUAGACUUGACUUGUGUGGUUUCUUGAAGACUAAUAAACCUGUGUGACCUAUGUA